CCCAUCGCAACUUCACGCCACACCAGCGGAUUCCUCUCUUGCAGCACUCAGGCCGGCAAAUUUACCGUCGUCCGUCUGUUCAUCUCCUACCUUUCUCUCCGUCGCUCCGCACUCUCCCUCUCUCUCUCUCUCUGCUUCUUUCCUUCCAACGGUUCGCUUGGACCUGCAGCGGUGUUACCAGAAGGCGCAGAUGUGAAGCACCAGCCAUGGCGCUGGUCGCGUCGCAGUUCGCCGCCGUCGUCCAUUCGUCCCGGAAUUCGUGCGGCGAGCAACACCAGCGCCAGCGCGAGCAGCACCAGAACGAACCGCACCACCAGCAGCAGCAGCAGCAGCACCACCACCACCAACAGCGCGUUUGCGAUGUCACACGUGGCGUCUCCCUACGCGCGCCAGCCACCAUUCCCGAGCACCACCCGUCCGCGAGCCAACAUCCCCUUACCACCUCGGCCGUUUCCAACCCGUGUCGCAGCGACAGCGCGGGAGAGAGCAGAGAGAGCGCGGCGCGGGAGGAAGAGCAGCUGCUGUCGAUCUCGUUCAAUCAGGACUGCUCCUUCUUCGCCUGCGCCACGUCACGGGGCUUCCGGAUUUUCUGCUGCCAGCAGGCCGUUCACGAGACGCUGAGCCGCGUCUGUUCUCCGCGCACCAGCACCUCCCCUCCCCCUCCCGCUCCCCCUUCCGCCGCUGGAGCGUUUCCUCCUCCGGCCGCUGCUCCCGCAUCCCCCCCUCCUCCGUCCCCUUUCUCCGCUGAGUCCGCGCAACAGCUGGGUGGCGCAGCGGAAGCAGCGGGAGCAGCGGGAGCGGCAGCAGCGGGAGCAGCAGCGGCGGGGAGAGGGCUGCUGGGAGUAGGCGCAGCAGCAGUGGCAAGUCAGGGUGACCAGCAUAAUUUCCACCACCAUGCCCACUAUCCGCAGCACUACCAGCAGCAUCAGCAGCACCAGCAGCACCAGCAGCACCAGCAGCACCAGCAGCCGCAGCAGCAGCAGCAGCAGCAGCAUCAGGCGCAGGCGCUCGCGCAGCUGGAGCGGCAGCGCAGCGGGCGGAGCUUCCCCGCGGGCGGAAUCGGAAUGGCGCAGAUGCUGUACCGCUGCAACUUCCUCGCGCUCGUGGGGGGCGGGGAGCGCCCGCGCUACCCUAAGAACAAGGUGAUAAUCUGGGACGACAACCAGGGCCUGACGGUGGGCGAGCUGUCGUUCCGCUCGGAGGUCCGGGGCGUGUGUCUGCGGCGCAACCGCGUGGUGGUGGUGUUGGAGCACCGCGUGUACGUCUACAACUUCAAGGACCUGCGCCUGAUCUCCCACGUCGACACGCUGCCCAACGCUAGAGGAUUGGUCGCCAUAUCUCAGGCGCCGGCUCCCUUUGUUCUCGCGUGCCCGGGGAUGUACCGGGGGCAGGUGCGCAUCGAGCACUACAACCUCCACGACUCCCUCUCCCCCUCUCCCGCCUCCCCUUCCCGCUCGCCCCCCCCCUCCCUCUCCUCCUCCCCCUCCGCCUCCCCCUUCCCCCCCGCUUCUCUGACCAUCACCAUCACGGCGCACGAGACGUCCCUCGCCGCGCUCGCACUCUCUCCUGACGGCACUCGAGUGGCCACGGCCAGCGUACGCGGGACGCUCGUGCGGGUGUUCAGCACUGUGGAUGGCUCCAUGCUGCAGGAGCUGCGGAGGGGGGCGGACAGGGCGGAUAUAUACAGCCUGGCCUUCUCCCCCAAUGCGCACUUCCUCGCCCUCUCCAGCGACAAAGGCACCGCGCAUGUCUUUGCGCUCUCCCCUCCUGCCGCCAGUAGCAGCCCUCCAACCACCACUGCUAACGCUGCCACCGCUGCUACUACUGCUGCUGCGGCUCCUGCCGUGCAUGCUGUCACUGCUCCUGCUAAUGCUGCUCUCCCAUCCAUCCCUGGCCAAACCUCCACCCUUCCCUCCCCACCACCCUCACACUCCCCAUUUGCGAACCACUCAACACAACCCCCUCAGCCAACCCCUUUCUCUCUACCCCAUGCUGCUGCCACCCCUCUCCCCACAGCUCUCGCCGCCCCUUUCCCUCCCUCCUCCUCCGUUCCUGCGGCAAUUGAUGCCUCCCCGAGCUCGUCCUCCUCCUCCUCCUCCUUCUCAUUCCCCACGGUCCUCGGCGAGGGGUCCCCUGCUGCUGCCCCGACAGCGGCGGCAGAAGCAGCAGGAGCAGCAGGAGCGGCUGCACAGGGACGGACAGGAGGUGCGGCAGAGGCAGGAGAAGUGGGGGGGGUUGGAGGAGGUGUGGCAAGCAGCAUGAGCAGCAGCGGUGGCGUUAGCAGCAGUGGUGUGUGCAGCAGCGGUGUGGAAGCAGAAGGGGAUGUAUCUGUGGCGUUGAGGCCUAAUCCGGGCUCCUCGUUGUCUUUUAUGAAAGGAGUGCUGCCCCGCUACUUCAGCUCCGAGUGGUCGCUUGCUCAGUUCCGCCACUUGCCCGACUGCCGCUCCCUCGUUGCCUUCGGCGCGCACCGCAACUCGCUGCUCGUUGCAUGCAUGGACGGCAGCUUCCACCGGCUGGAGUUUGACCCUGUGUGCGGGGGCGAGAUGAAGUGCGAGGAACACACCAUCUUCUUCCACUCCCCCCCCUCCUCCUCCUCCUCCUCCUGCUCCCCCCCUGCCUCUUCCCUCUCAUCCUCACCCCCUCUCCAUAUCCCUGCCUCCCACACCACAACUGCCUUUGCAAGUAGUGCAACAGUGGGAGCAGCAGGGGGGAGGGGACUGGGGGAGUUGUUGGAGGGGCAGGAGAUGCAGGGAGUGGCAGAGAGUGGGGGGUGAUAUAGCAAGGGGGCCUAGCCAUGCUUGAUCAGUUUUGGGCGUAACACAACACAUGGCAUGGAAAAGGGCUCUCGAUCGAGUGUCAACAAAAUUGGGGUUUCUGUUUUUCUAAGGAUCGCUCGCUGGUCAGUCCUCCUGACUGGUUUGCAUUUUGGGUUUUGAUGAUGCACCAGGCUUCUGCAUUGGAGCUGAGUCGUGAAUAGUGAAUAUUUCUGUGCUUGGCAUUUGCAUUGUACUGAGUGCACACAAGUGCACGCAUCGAUUUUCCUCAGCCUUACAGGCAGGCUUGGG